AUGUCAGCUCUACCAGACGAACUCUGGAGACAAAUUCUGGAAAUUGGAAUAAAAAACUCAAAAUUCAACUACAAAGAUCUUUGCUGCAUCUCAAUCUCCUGUAGACGCCUCAACCGUUUAUCCUCUGAGGACCCCCUCUGGUCCCAUUUUCUCUCCUCGGAUUUCCCUUCUUCAAAUCAACGAAACCCUAGCCCUAACACUAACCCCAACAGCAACAAUUCAACUUCAACAUCAGUUAAAUCAACUUAUAAAAUCAAGUUUGAUAGGGAGAAAGCGAGGAAAGUAGCGGCACACAGAAGGGCGGUGCUUAGGAAGGAGAGUGAAGUUUUGGAAUUUGAAAGGAAAAUUAGAGAAAUUGAGAAUGGAUUGCGCCAAGAGACGGAGAAAAUGAGAGCCGCAAUUACUGAAUUGUCCAAUUUACACAAGGUCAGGCAAGCUUCUGUGGCUUUGAAUGUGUGGCAGCCAGAAGUUAUUAGGGGUAGGCAAAAGCAAAUAGUGGAGCAGAGUGCUGUUCCAGUUGAAUCUCGAGUUCAUUCACUUGAGAUGGAACUUAAGCUUUGCAGGCAACAAUUAGCAGGCUUUGAUAAGGCUUAUAGAGAUGAGAAGCGGAGACUUGAGAUAGCAAGGGAACAGUUGGCGUCCAUGAAAUAUCAUCCAGUACGAGAUUAUAGGUUGAUAAGUAGUGGGGACAAGGAAGGUAACAAAAGGAAGAAGAAGUUGAAAACAUCUGUUAUCUGUAAGAGCCUCAAACUUUUUGUUGUGGAGUCUGGAGCGGAUGGGAGUCAUAACGGUUCCUGA